AUGUCAACUCUCAACGGCCAUCCGGUGUUUCACGCAGAUGACAGAACCCAUGAUGGAUCCGAAUCUGUCGUCCCAACAAGUUCAGCGAUUGCCCGUGGAAAGGCCCUGAAGAACGCCAUGUCUUUCGUUCGUUCCCCGCCUUCUAAACCAGGACCAGGUUCGCCUAUGGAGGUGGGGGAAUACAAAGUGGAAUGUAUCUGUAACAGAGAUAUAAAGACGAUUCUUUGUCGGUCCUGUGGAAUGACUUUCAAAGGCCGAGUUCGACGAACCUGUCUGAUGCACCCCAACAACAUCCAUCUGAUGGACCUGGAGUGCUGCCCAAAUUGUAAGGCUUCCCAUAUCAAGGAAUUUGCAGAAAGCAUGGCCAGCAAACGUAACAUAUGA